AAAAAAUCUCCUCCACGGACGAAGCAAUAAGAGGGGGAGGGCGAGGGUUCUAGCGAAGGGUUUUGGUCUCGCUAAAGGCGGCGCCUCCACUUCGACCUCCCUCGCUGCCUUCCCAGCUCUAACAUUUCUGCUCCUCCGCCGGUCGAACCACAUGAGUUCUUCUCUUUAUUCACCCUCUCGUCGUCGUCCUCGCCCCACGCCAAGGACUCCUCUUUCUUCCCACCCGGAACCCAGCUUUUGAUGUGUAGUGGCGCCGCCUUCUUCCUUCCAACCCUUAGAUCCCAGUGAAAUGUGGCGGAACAUCGCAAGGACGGCGUCCUCUGCCUCCCGGAACCUCAGACUCUCCAGCAACCGCCCGUCGCCACUCCCUGCAACAACCGGCUUUCUUAGUUGUUUUCAAGAUUCAAUCUGGUGCGAGAAAAGUAGGAUCUUGGACCCGGCGACGCCGCCCCUUGUUACUAGGCUCUUCGAUGCUGGAUUUUGGCAAAAGGGAGAGUCCUUGCCAAAAACAUUAGGGCACGUGAAUUCGUUGAUUAUGGAGGUUUCUGGGGUCCCAAGAAAUUCCAGGAGCUUUGCCAGCGUUGCGGAAGCUGUCUCUUCAACUGAUGCGGAUGAAGAUACGUCGACGAUUGAGGAGAUGCAACGCUUGCUGGAGUUGAGUGCUGAGAUUAGUGGAGGCAAGGAAGAUAAACGUUUUAAUAAGCUUCGGCGGAAUCAGCAAUUUCCGAAGAUAAAGGCUGGAAUGAGUGCAGAGAAGUAUACUAUGCUACGACGAAGACAAAUACAGAUAGAGACUGAAGCUUGGGAGACGGCGGCAAAGGAGUACAAGGAACUCCUGAUGGAUAUGUGUGAGCGGAAGCUCGCCCCAAACUUGCCCUACAUGAAAUCCUUGUUCUUGGGCUGGUUUGAGCCAUUCAGGGACAAGAUAGUUGCAGAGCAGGGACAGUCUAUGGCGAAAAAUAAAUUUUCAUAUCAGCAUUACUUCAGUCAGCUUCCAGCAGAGAUGGUGGCAGUGAUCACUAUGCACAAGCUGGUGAGUCUUCUGAUGACAGGCGGUGAAUCUGGGGGUGUUCGUGUAGUUCAAGCUGUAUGCCAAGUUGGUGAGGCUAUAGAGCAGGAGGCUAGAAUUCAUAGGUUUCUGGAGAAGACAAGAAAAAAGACUUCUAAAGAUCAGACAAGUGAUGAAGUGGAAGGUGGUGCUGUGACCAAAGAGGAACAAAUUCUGAGGAAGAAGGUUACAGAUUUGAUGAAGAAGCAAAAGGUUCAACAAGUAAGGAAGAUAGUGAGGGGGCAAGAUGUUUCCAAACCAUGGGGUCAAGACGCUCAGGUCAAGGUUGGGAGUCGCUUGAUCGAGCUGUUCAUGGAGACAGCUUUUAUACAACCUCCUGUUAGCCAGUCAGCAGAUGGUCCUCCAGAUAUUCGGCCUGCAUUUAGACGCGUGAUUAGAAUUGUUUCAAGCGAACAACUGAAGACUAAGCGUUAUGGUAUUAUUGAAUGUGAUCCAUUAGUUCGUCAAGGGCUAGAUAGGACUGCAAGACACAUGGUUAUUCCUUAUAUGCCAAUGUUGAUGCCUCCACUAAAUUGGAAAGGAUAUGACAGAGGAGCACAUUUAAUUUUACCAUCUUAUAUAAUGCGAAUACAUGGAGCAAGACAGCAAAGGGAGGCUCUUAAAAGGGCUCCAAAAAAGCAGAUGCAAGCUGUUUUUCAGGCUCUGGAUACACUAGGCUGUACCAAAUGGAGGGUUAACAAAAGGGUGCUCAGUAUUGUAGACAGAAUAUGGUCCAGUGGAGGACGUCUUGCUGAUUUGGUUGAUCGUGAAGAUAUCCCUCUCCCUGAGAAACCAGACACAGAAGAUGAGUCUGAACUUCGGAAGUGGAAGUGGAAGAUGAGAUCGGUGAAGAAGGAAAAUAGUGAAAGACAUUCUCGACGUUGCGAUGUGGAACUAAAACUUGCUGUAGCUAGGAAAAUGAAAGAUGAGGAGGGAUUCUACUAUCCUCACAAUCUGGACUUUAGGGGACGUGCUUAUCCCAUGCACCCCUAUCUAAACCAUCUUGGUUCUGAUUUAUGUCGAGGAAUUCUUGAAUUUGCAGAGGGACGACCACUGAUGAAAUCUGGCUUGCGUUGGUUAAAGAUUCACCUUGCAAAUUUGUAUGCUGGUGGAGUGGACAAGUUGUCAUAUGAUGGCCGAUUAGCAUUUACCGAGAAUCAUGUGGAGGAUAUAUUCGAUUCUGCAGAUAGACCCCUUGAAGGUAGACGUUGGUGGCUAGGGGCUGAAGAUCCCUUUCAGUGCUUGGCAGUUUGCAUCAAUCUUGCUGAGGCAUUACGGAGCUCUUCACCAGAAACUACAAUUUCGCACAUACCUGUGCAUCAGGAUGGAUCGUGUAAUGGUCUGCAACACUAUGCUGCUUUGGGAAGAGACAAGUUGGGAGCCAUCGCAGUAAACUUAGUUGCAGGAGAUAAGCCUGCAGAUGUUUACUCAGGAAUAGCUGCUAGGGUUCUUGACAUCAUGCGAAGAGAUUCACAGAAAGAUCCUGCUGAAGACCCAAAUGCUUUACUAGCAAGGCUCAUAGUUGAUCAGGUGGACAGGAAGUUGGUAAAGCAAACUGUCAUGACUUCUGUUUAUGGCGUCACUUUUAUUGGAGCACGUGAGCAAAUAAAAAAAAGACUAAAGGAACGGGGUGUUACCGCUGAUGACAGAGAGCUAUUUGGUGCUUCAAGUUAUGCAGCCAGAACCACUUUGACUGCAUUAGAGGAGAUGUUUGAAGCUGCACGGAAGAUUAUGAACUGGCUUGGUGACUGUGCAAAGGUAAUUGCUACAGAAAACCAUUCUGUUAGGUGGACUACGCCACUUGGACUUCCAGUGGUUCAGCCAUAUCGUGCAUUGGGAAAGCAUAUUGUUAAGACAUCUCUUCAAGUAUUGACCUUACAGAGGGAGACCGAUAAGGUGAUGGUGAGACGGCAAAGAACAGCAUUCCCCCCAAACUUUGUCCACUCCCUUGAUGGUUCUCAUAUGAUGAUGACUGCAGUCGCCUGCAGAAAAGCAGGAUUAAUUUUUGCAGGAGUCCAUGAUUCAUACUGGACUCAUGCAUGUGAUGUUGAUCAGAUGAACAGAAUUCUUCGGGAGAAGUUUGUGGAACUCUAUGAGAAACCCAUAUUGGAAAAUUUACUGGAGAGUUUUCAAAUAGCCUUCCCUACAUUAACUUUCCCAGAACUACCAGAACGGGGAGAUUUCAAUCUGAAAGACGUAUUGGAUUCACCAUAUUUUUUCAACUGACAUGAUUUUCUGACUCCCAGUUCCCUCGACGGCUACUGCACACAAAUGUUUUACAUGCAAAGUUAAUUCUUCUGUUUUGGUGGUGCACUAAUCAGAUGCAGCUCCCAAUGCGAGCAUUGAUAUCCUCAGUUGGGCUGUAGCAAUACUUCCAUAUAAAUGUGGUGGCCGGCAACCCAGUUUGACCAGAUGUAAUCUCUGUCCCUGGUUUCUGUUCAUUGCUCAUCAAUUUUCUUGUUCAAAAUGAAGUUUGUCCAGGGAUACAGAGGGCACUAUUGAAGUUGAGACUGGAAAUAAGCAGUGGCGGCCACCAGGUCAAGACAAUAAAAUGCUCUUGUUGGUCAAGACAGCCAAUCAGUUCCAUGUAUUUAUGUAUACAUAGAUCAAGCAUGCCUCAGGAAUUAGCGAGUCAUUUAGAUAAUGUAGGGUUCUGGUUCAGACUUAACCAGUGGUUAAAGAUCUCUAAUCUUGCGGCUUAGUGGAUGUCGCGACGAAUUGGGAUUUUACUUGUUUGCUAGUGUACUUACAGUUUGACAGACUUCCUUUUUUGAACUCUUGGCAAACUCACUAUAAUACAUAUUUUUUCAACCACAGGGAUUGAAUUCA